UGCAUGAUGUCAUCUAUGAAUUAGAAUGAAUAUAUCUGUUUUGUUUGCAUUUACAACUUCUAAGUGGCUAAUGAUUUCUGUAAAGACGGAAAAUAGAUAGGUUCUGUGAUCAUAUGUUCAACUGUGUGUAACCUCACUCACUAUAAAUAGAAAACCAUGCCUAAGAGUAAGAAGCCGGUGAGAAAUGCAUUUUACUUCUUCAUGAAGGAGCUGGAGCCGCAGUUGCGGCGGGAGGGCAGAGUACUCAACGGGAUGCAGGAUGUUGUCCCAAUUGCUCAUCCCAGGUGGAAGCAACUUCCUGAAAAAGAAAAGGCUCGGUUUGAAAACAUGGCAAAAAUGGAAAAAGCUCGACUUCGUGGGCGACCCGGAGAUGCAUACAGACAGGACAAUCAGGGCAACAUACUGGCUCACCGAGUAGACAAGCACACAGAUAAUGAGAAGAGGAGACUGGCCGAGAAGAAAGACAUGCGCAAAGACUGGCCUCCUGGAAAAGAGCUGAAGAAGUUGAAGUUCUACUUUAUCAAUUUCCAAAUCUUGUGUAAGACGGAGGAGGGUGUGGUGCUUCCGGCCGAGAUCGCGAUAAUCGAAUUCAGCCUUGAGAAGGGAAUCACAAAAGAGUUGCACCGGUUUAUUGAGCCUGGGCAGAUCCCCCCAGGGUACAGAUUCACCUGUAUACAAAACAGUGAUGACACCCACCAGAUUCCUGUGGAAAAUUUUGAGCAGGCAGAUGGAAACUACACCGGCCUGUGGAUCCACAUUGAGAACUUUAUCAACCCGAAUGGAGAACUGUCCGAACACCCACCCCUCUACUGUCUGGGAGCGGGUGAAAACUAUGAUGCAGUUGAGCGGUGCCUGGAAUGGAUCCAUGGAAAGGCAAGACUUGGUGCGCCUAAUCGCAUACGGAAGGUGUACGAGAUUGAGGGCCUUUUCCAGGAGCUGCAUGCCCACGUGGGCAAUCAGGUGUCCAAGGCCUUGUUGAUCCAGUCCCUCACAUCCUCCGACUGGGACUAUGAGCCAAACACCAAGUGUAAGUACCAUGAUGAGAAGGAAGUGAAAGACUGCUCCCUGGGAAUAGUGAAGAGAUAUGUGUAUGCCAUUUCUGACUCACUGUGUAAGGAUUAUGACGUUCAGCUGACAAGGGCACACAUACCUGCACGUGAGGACACAGGCCGUGUUACAGUCCUGUCCCCCUCCAGCAUGCCUGUGUGCAAUAAACAGGAGGCUAGACUUGCACCAAAGAAUGACACCAUCUUCGUUGCCAAAAAGCAGAUUCCUGAAACACAGGACUAUACAGCGCUCCGUAGACCAAAUAAUCCUCAAGCUUCCAAUUUUCUCAUGGGGAAUAGUAUACAGGAGGACUAUGCUCCCAGGGGCAGGGGACUCACUGUUGGAAUGCGUGACAUGAGCCUCCAGGAGCCAAGGCCUGUAGGAAGAGGGGCUGCACCUUCUUGUCACGUUGCUGCCCCUCCUACCAUACUUCAGGGUAACCCAGGCCUACCAAUACAGCAGCCCCUUGGUCUUGGGCGGGGAAUGAUAGCCUGCCCUUCGCUGUCUCAGAGGAUGUCACAACCCCCAGGAAUGCCGGCUCACCAGUAUUAUGGUGAUGAUGGUGAUGAUGGUGAUGAUGAUGAUGAUGAUGUUGAUGAUAUGCCCCAAGUAGCUCCUGUCAAGCUUCCCUCACGGAUAAUACCUGCCGUUGCCAUCCCAGCCAAUCAAACCUCUAAACCCAUUUCCCAGAAUUCCAACCCUGGCAAUGUGCCACGUCAGUCAGCAGUAAAUGGUGCAGGGGAUGAUCCAUUCUUUGGAGCUGUGGGAGUCGGAAGACGAGGGAUUCUGGAAUUGUUGAUGACGCAGGGGAGAAGGGCAGGGGUGCCUGUGGGACGGGGGUAUGCCCCUCCUGACUGGGUUGAUGAUGGCAGCCUUGGUCCCAUCCGGAGACCUGACAUCUGAUCUGAGAAUGUUCACCGUUGGUUUUCUGACAAAGUGGAAUGGUUGAUACCGCUACAAGUUAUAAAAGCAGUGGUCGUCCUCAUUGGACAAUUGUUUUUUGUUUUUCUUUCAAUUAAGAUCUAAUUACUAUUCAUACAAGUGACUUUCAGUAUUAGAUGGGACAUUUAUUUUGGUUUCAUUAGUUUGAUGAGUCCAUGGUGAUUUGAAUCAAUCAAACUGGAACACUGUUCUAGAGAGAUUACAAGUAUAUGUUUUGAUUUUUAAAUGUGAAAUGGUGAAAAGUGUUUUAUGGAUCAGUUGUAUCACAAGUAAAGGAAGCCUAUGUGAAUACUUUUGUCUGCUCUUACUCAAUUGGUCUCUUGGUAUUGGAAAACCUGAUUGGCCAGUGUAGUCAAAACAUUAUGCUUUAUGUACCUUGUGAUUUGGGCGAACCAUGUUUAAUAAGGUGAAAUAUAGCACUGAUUUUGAACAAAAAAAAUUCAAUCAAAGUUUUAUGAAUAGAUCGUGCGAUUCCUGUAAGCAUAGUUAUUGGUGUCUUGAUUUCGAUGGAUGAUAAAAGUUAGAAGUUGUCAGUUAGUUGUAUGAAAAUCACACAACUUAGUCGAAUCUAUUAGAUUAAGAAUAUUCAUUACAACAAAAAUAUGUUGUCUCUGAGGGAAUAUGAACCACUGGAGCUGAUGGUGUGUAUAUGCAAGGAUUAUUAAACCAUGGGUAGGAUAUCCUUUGGUUUCAUAACAACAGUCUUAUUAAAUUGAUUUUUUCCCAUAAAGUCUAUUAAAAAGCAGUCAGACUUCGAAGUAAUGUGAGAUAUUCAUAACAUUUUACCUAAGUUUUGAUUUGGAGAUGGGGACUCUUUGCUUAAGAUAUACUUUUUUGUGGGAUAACAUGAUAUGCAAGACUGGGAUGGAUAAAGUUACAAAAUCUGACAGUGCCAUGUUUUAAAGCGUAUUCAUAUAUUUUGUUAUUGUUUGUUUUAUUUUGUUAUUAGUAAACUAUAAAUCAAGGUAUGAUUAGUUUGAUGUUUGUUGUUACAAAAAUAAACGUAGUCAACGUCCUGUUUAUUUCAACAUUUUCAUACAAUGUUAUUUGCAAAAGUGUUUUUUCUACUUUUGUCAAAAAUUGUGUAGUUUGUAACACUUUUAAGAAUAUGCAUGUCUUAAAACUAAUAGAUACACACAUACUCAUAACAUCAUGUAUAUCUCCUGUAGAUGUUUCUGCAUUUAUUGAUUAAUUUGGACUUAAAAAUAUUUGAAAGGAUUUCAACCUGCAGCCAUACUCUUUAUUACUUCACUGGACAAUCUUUUCCAAUGAUGUACAUGCAUUUAAGUGCUAAAUAAGCAGUAAAUAUUUGGUACACAAACUUACCACUAUAUGUACCGGUAAAUAGCUCAUGUUGUUGAUAUUAUUUUUACAUACUUUCAAUUAAUAAAACGCAAAAUCUUA